AUGUACAUGGACAUUCCUGAGAAAUGUGUACUACCAACGUUCGCAAGCAUAUUCGGCGGGUCAGAGAGUGCCGUGCACAACUUAAAACAAUACACUCUUUCAUUAAUGCAAUGGGGACGAAAUGAUGCGGUACUUUGUAAGUAUUUCCCUGCGAGCUUAACUGGAGAAGCGUUGGCUUGGUUUGAUGGGAUACCGGAAAGAUCGAUUUCGUCAUUCAAAGACCUGCAGAGAAUAUUCUUGAAAACCUAUAUAAGCAACAACAUGCUGAGGCGAGGGAUUGAGACUCUGUUCAACCUGAGGCGAAAACCGACGGAAAGCCUGCGAAGAUUGGUAACAAGCUGGAGAACAAUAUGUAGUGAGCUCGCAGGGAGAGUCGAUGAGAAAAUUUUUAUCCUAGCCUUUGUGAACGCUUUAAUCCCGACUGACCUACUGUACACCCAAAUAUUCAUAAUCCGGAACUCAUUGACAAUGAAUGAAUUAAGGGAGUAUCAAGAAGAAUACAUAGCUUUGGAGGAGAAGCAUAGGCAAGUCAGCGAAGUAACACCAAUCCCGGCAAAGGAAGAAAAUUCAAGACUGUUACCAAGAACAGUGCAUGUCGUGGAGGAUGAUCCGAAAUAUGAAAAAGGGGAACCUUCAACUCCAAUCCCUGCGAAAUUGGUAGUUGUGUCAAGCAGAGAUCAAGAAUUGAUCGAUCAACAAAGGUAUGAGGAGUCAAGAAGAAGGAAUUACGAACCACGAAGUCAUAACACGGGAUAUCAACAAAGAAGAAAUCAAGGACCAAGAUUUGGAGAGCGAAGACAGAAUGCACCAGGUUUCGAAGACGGGAAGCUUCCUAGACUCAACACAACUGUAGAAAAUGUAGGGGAAGCAAUAGUGUUGACAUAG